UUUGCCUUUCUUCUACAGUUGCAAAGAUAACACGUUUGCAAAGCGCGCUUUAAAAACGUGUUACAACGCGCGUAUUCCUCUCAGUCAAACAUUGAACACUUGCCGAGACAUUGCGUACAAACAAAACAAAAAACACCAUGGCAGACCGAUUAGCGGUUUCGGCUGCACUACUCUGGAUCAGCUGUGCGCUUCUUGCCAGCGUCCAUGGGCACGGUAUGGCGCUGGAUCCGAUCGCGCGAGGAUCACGGUGGCGCUGCAACCCAUCCGCCCUGCCCAACUACACCGACAACGAGCUGUUCUGCGGUGGCUUCCAGGUGCAGUGGGGCACGCACAACGGCAAGUGCGGCGUGUGCGGGGACAACUACGGGGAUGCACGGCCGCGUCUGCACGAGCUGGGCGGACCGUUCGGCCCGGGUGACAUCGUGCGGCAGUACGUACGGGGAAGCGUGAUUGAGGCGCGCAUUCGGCUGACGGCAAACCAUCGUGGCUACUUUUACUUCGAUCUGUGCAAUUUGGAUGGUGGGACAGAGGAUGAGGCGUGCUUCAGCCAGUACCCGCUGUCGUUGGCUGACGGCAGCAGGAACUGGUAUCUGCCCUCCACGGCGGUGGGCGAGUAUCGGAUCAACCUGAAGCUGCCCGAUUCGCUCACCUGCAGCCAUUGCAUCUUCCGCUGGACGUAUGUCGCGGGUAACAACUGGGGGUACUGUGAGGAUGGAAGUGGCCGGCUUGGCUGCGGACCGCAGGAAACGUUCAAGACGUGUUCGGACGUGCGGAUAGUCGCUUCGAACGAUAUCAAUCCCAGCUUUGCAUACUGCACGAAAGCGGUUUAAAACGGGAUCUAACGCGAGCUUAAACUCUGUACAGCAAUUGUAAACAAGUAUAAACGAAUAAAGGAACGUAGCUGAUAGUUGAA